UUUUUUUUUUUCUUGUUAACUCUGUGAGUUGUUUUCUUUUGGGUUUCUGAGGGACCAAACAGACUGCUACUUUUUUUUUUAUUCUUCUCUGAUUCACGGAGAUUGAAUAUCUGCUAUAGAAAGAAAUAAUUUUAGAUAAGUUUCAAUUAUUUUCCCCCAAAACUUCUGUUUUUGUAUUUUGAAGUUAUAGAAAUUUGGCAAAUUCAAUUUAGGGAUUGUUGUUAUUUGUCUUCAGCCUCUACGUUGUGGAAGAGCUAAAAGAUGUGUAUUAAGUGAUAUAGCUGUUGGUGUCAGACUUUCGGUGAUUAAGUCUAGUGGUUGAUUCUUGAAAGAUAAGAUGUUUUAGGGCUUUUCUUAAUUGAGCUUGUAUCUUAUUAAGAUUCUGUUUUGUUUGCUAUGAUUUUUAUCACUACAAGCUUAGGUUGCUGAUCUCUAAUCCAUAGUUUCUUUUCCAUAUAAAAUAUUAUGGGUUUACAUUUUUUUUUUCAGUUUAUAUAAUGUGGAGCUACCCACCAGUGUUGUGGCUUCCAAUUUUCGAGCCGUUGCUCCCUGCUUAAAUUAAUAUGUUGCAUUUUUGUGUGUGCUUGCGAGCAUGUGUGGAUUUACUUUUACAAGCUAAUCCCAGGAGAGGAACCAAAUUUUUUCGAAUUAAUUUAUUCCUAUGGAGUUGAUUCUGGGUUGUGACAAUCACUGGUUUAGUUCAAGAGCACAAAAUCUUCUGAAAUUUCAAUUCUGUUUAUUCUCUGCCCUGCUAGAUGUUUCUUUUCUAUUUUUCUCUUUUAAUCUAAUAUUAUUAAUGCGUCAUGAUUCAUAUCAUAUGGUUCUUUCUCAUAGCUUCAGGUGUCUUUCAUAAUUAUCCUCUGCAUGGUUUCCAUGCUUUUCUUUUUUAAUCUGUCAGAUUUCUUAAAUCUUAAAAUAGUGGCUUGGGGUGGAAAACCUUCUAUAGUGGAUUUUGCCAAGUUGUGUACAGUUGUUUGUGAGUUAAUGUCUAAUAUCCACACAUUUGCUUUUAUCUUUCCCACUCUCCAGCAAUCUUGAUUAUGAUAAUGCAUUUCAGAAAUUGUAAUUCCCCAUUCUUAUUUUUGUUUAUAUAAUUAUGCUUUAGGUUUAGAGACCCCAUUUCAUCAGAACUGUCUAUAAAGAUUGGGAUAGAAGCCACUGUUUUUCGUGAGCUACAGAUAGCAGUUUGAAUACACAGAUGAAGAAGCUAUUUUUUUUCAGAUCUUCCUCCAACAAUGGAAACAACAAUGAUGGUUGUCUGCCAUCAACUGAUAAACAAGUUUACUGGGAUAUCCCAGUGGAAGAUAGGUUGAACAAUCAACGUGAUGAUAAGGCUGACAACAGCUUCCGGAGCCCCAAGGGGUUAUUUUCAAAGUCUCGAAAGCAAGUUUAUGGUAACCCUACUAGCUCCAGCACCAGUUUCCACCUUAGAAGAAGUCGCUCAAUGUCAUCAGCUGCCUUUAUUGUUGAUGGAUUGGACCAAAGAGUUUUUUCUCACCUAGAUGAUCAAAUUGGAUCCCCUUCUAGUAGCAUUAACAGUACUGCUCAUCAGCGAUGUGAUCAUCCAUCUCGAAGGCAGGCUCUUACACCUGAGAGGCAAGCAAGAGCAAAGCGAUUCGAAACAAUAGCUAUUCAAAAUGCAUAUGGGCAAGAGAGGCCUAGAUCUUCUGGUUCUUCUAAAUCUCAUCACAAUUCAUCAGGAAACUCUUCUUGUAGUAAUAUCUCAAGCAAAGUUUUGGACCGCUACAUUGAUGGAGAGGAGCAGCAAGAGAGAAGUAAGCCCAAAAACAGUAUUCUCCAAAGAAAUUUUUCUGGGAAUGGAAAUGAAGGUGGAAAGCUUCCACCACGAGUUCAAUAUACAGCUCCUUCAUCACCACCAGAUGGCAUCAAAGAUAAACACAGAUCUCGUUCAUAUAGGGACGCUAAAGCUGCCCACCUUCAUUUUUUUUCAAGAGAUUGGGUGGAGAAUGGAUUUAAUCAUGAAUCUCCACGGAGACUUGCAAAAGAUGUCAUUGAGAGGCUCUCUCAAACUCAUUUAUCUCAUAAAUCAAGUUCAGAGCAAUUUAACCAUGAUAUCCCAAUCACAAUUGAAGAUAUCUAUGCUGAAUCCAUGAAUAAAUUUGUUGAUUCAAACGUAGAUGUUCUUUCCCAAAAAAGUUACUCAAAGGAGGAACCUCAUGCAACCAUUAAUAACUACCAUGGAGAUGAUUUGUUAGGCUCUCAGAAAACAACUUGUUUUCUUGAAAACAAUUGUGGGGAUAUAAACUCUGUUCAUAUUGAGGAUGCUAUAGAUGUUGAAUUACAGCGAAGAUCUAAAGAAGCUGAGGAAAGGGUUCUGCUUCUUUCCGAGGAACUUGACCAAGAAGGUUUUCAAGGUACUGGGUUUGAUAUACCAUCCUUGAUUCAGAAUAUUAGGGACUUAAUGGAGGAUAGGCUAAACUUGGCUAUUGAGGUUUCAAGUCUUUUGAACUCUCAAAUUUCUGAGAGAGACACUUACAGGGAAGAAGUUAGAUUGGCAAAAGCAGAAUUGGAGGCACGGACCCGAAAACUGCAGAAGGAGAAGAGUGAAUUGCAAUCAGCACUGGAGAGAGAGUUAGACAGAAGGUCAAGUGACUGGUCAUUGAAGCUUGAAAAGUACCAGUUAGAAGAGCAGAGGCUUCGUGCUCGUGUUAGAGAACUUGCAGAGCAGAAUGUCUCCCUCCAGAGGGAAGUCUCUUCUUUUAAUGAGAGGGAAGAAGAAAGCAGAAGUGUGAUUGCAUUUUCAGAGCAACAACUUAGACACCUGACCUCGAGGUUGGAAGAGGCAAGCAAGGAGAAUCAUGAGCUAAGAGAAGAUAUUUCUGAAUUACGAGAUAAGCACACAGUGACAGAAGGAGAUCUUAGUUGCACCAAAAGGAAUUUUGAAGAGAAGGACAAGGAGUGCAAAGAGUUGCAAAAGUCUACUGCUAGAUUGUUAAGAACCUGCAACAAACAAGAGAAGACAAUUGAGGGUUUGCGGGAAGCAUUUGGUGAGGAAAUUGAGAAGCAGCAGUCAUUGGACAAGUUUAACAGGCAUCUUAAAAAGUUGCAAAUGGAGCAAUUGAGGUUGACAGGGUUAGAGUUGGCUUUGAGAAGGGAGUUGGAAUCUCAGAGGAUUGAAAUUGAUUCUCUUCGACAAGAGAAUGUUGGCUUGUUGAGGCGCUUAAAGGGCAGUGGAGAAGAUCUAGGUGCUUUAACUUUCAAACUAGAUAAAGAAAUGUGGAGCCAUUUAUGCUCCCUGAAAAAUCAAGGGCUACCGAUGCUGAAGGAGAGCACACAGCUAUGCUCCGGGUUAUUGGAAUUCAUCAAAGGCAAAGCAGGCCAAAUUCCAGAAACUAAGCAGGGAGGGGAACUUACAAGAAAUGGUUUAGAUGGGCAGUUUGUUAUUGAAGCUGAUGUAAGAGUUCAAGGCUUUAAGCGCGGAAUUGAGAACCUAACAAGGAGUUUGCAGACAAUAUCUUCUUUGCUGCAGGAGAAGUCCAGUUCAGUUACAUCAAAAUUUGAGUUGCCAUGCCCUAAUGUUGAUGGUUCAGCAAAACUAAAUAAUCCAUCAUCAGAGGAAACAUUAAAGUUCGAGCUCAAAGCAGAAAUUUUACUAACCAGUCUGUUAAGAGAGAAGCUCUACACUAAAGAUUUGGAGGUUGAACAGUUGCAGGCUGAACUGGCUGCAGCAGUGAGAGGUAAUGACAUCCUUAGAUGUGAAGCCCAGAAUGCAUUGGACAACCUCUCCUGUGCCAGCCACAAGUUGAAAGACUUUGAGCUUCAGAUGCAAAAGAAGGAUGAUAGUAUGAGUAGGCUUCAAAAUGAACUCCAAGAAUCUAUGAAGGAGCUAACAAUAACAAGGGGCAUUCUACCCAAAGUAUCUGAGGAGAGAGAUCUGAUGUGGGAGAAGGUGAAGCAAUACAAUGAGAAGAAUAUGGUUUUGAAUUCAGAGGUUAGUAUCUUGAAGAAGAAGAUAGAAGCCCUUGAUGAAGACUUGCUUCUCAAGGAAGGUCAAAUUACAAUCCUAAAAGACACCAUAGGUACCAAACCUUUUGAUCUACUUGCUAGUCCUGAUUAUUCACAAGAAUUCUUGCUAAAAUGAUUUUAGAGGUCUUUGGUAGGAUUUGUAUACACUGUUUAUAGUCCUAUACUUUGAAAGACGUGCUUUUGAGUUUGCCAUUGGUAGGAUGUGUGAACACUGUUUAUAAUGCUGUGUUUAUGAGAGUUUUCUUUAUUCUUUUGAGCUCCAUUUUUGUUUUGCCUUUUCUCAUAGUGGGUCUUGGUGAGAUGGUGUAAAAGCCUUAAAUCCCAUGAUUCUUUUGUAUAAUGCUGGUUUUCAUAAUUGUAUGUUGUUGGUUUUCCUGUUAUCUAAUUAAAGCUGGCAAUUGAUCUUUUGCUA